AUGCUACCAUCACCACGUCAACGAAAGCCAUUAUCGCCUCAUAUAACACCCAUAACGAGCCAACUACAAUCCCUACAGCUGAAAAGUACACCCACUCAACACCUACUGUCUUACAACGACGUCCCAGAAUGGUACUCAGACAAUCCAUACAUCCUCACAGGCUACCGCCCCAUUUCAAAUUCCACUCAAAAUUGUCUAUCCAGUCUCUUCUACCUGCAUAAUGAGUCAAUCAACAUUUACUCCCAUCUGAUCCCUGCGAUAGGAUUCCUCCUCGCUGAGUGGACACUCUACCAAUACGUUCAAACAUGGUACCCCCACACCCCAGUCCGGGACAAGAUAAUCUUCGCGUUCUUCUUGCUGACAGCGACGAUCUGCCUGGGGAUGUCGGCGGCUUUUCAUACAUUCAUGAACCAUUCGGAAGGUAUCUGUAAUCUCUGGUUGCAACUCGAUUUUAUCGGGAUCGUUAUUCUGACUCUGGGUGAUUUUGUUUCCGGUAUUAAUAUGGUCUUUUAUUGUGAAGAUGAUUUGAAAAUCAUAUAUUGGGGGAUGAUCGGAACACUCAGUUUGAUAUCACUCAUCAUACUUGUGAAUCCAAAAUUCCAAGGUCUCCGCUGGCGCACUUUUCGCGUUGGAACUUUCAUGGCAAUGGGUCUUAGUGGUAUCGCACCUCUUAUCCAUGGAAUUGCCCGUUUCGGCUUCAUGCAGAUGAUGAAGCAGUCCGGGGCGCCAUUCUAUAUUGCUGAGGGACUGCUUCUUGGACUUGGAGCUGCUGUUUACACUACCCGAGUACCAGAAUCUCUGGGUCCUGGGAAAUUUGAUAUUCUCGGAUCCUCUCAUCAGAUCUUUCAUGUCUUAGUGGUGCUUGCGACAACCUUACAGCUUGUCGGGAUUCUAUCUGCAUUAGAUUACAAUUACCAUCAUCGGGUCUGUGGUUUUUCAUAA